AUGGCCGAAGAGCAGCGUCCCGCCCCCCUCCGCCUGGGUUCUGAGGCCCCCAACUUCAAGGCCGAGACCACCAAGGGCCCCAUCGACUUCCACGAGUUCAUCGGGAACAACUGGGUCAUCCUCUUCUCACACCCUGAGGACUUUACCCCCGUUUGCACGACCGAGCUGGGAGAGUUUGCCCGCCUCGAGCCCGAGUUCACCAAGCGCGGCGUCAAGCUGAUUGGUCUGUCGGCCAACACUGUUGGCAGCCACGAUGGCUGGAUCAAGGACAUCAACGACGUUACGGGCAGCCACGUCUCCUUCCCCAUCAUCGCCGACAAGGAGCGCAAGGUCGCCUACCUGUACGACAUGCUCGACUACCAGGACACCACCAAUGUCGACGACAAGGGGAUUGCCUUUACCAUCCGCUCCGUUUUCGUCAUCGACCCCGCAAAGAAGAUCAGGACCAUUCUGUCGUACCCGGCCUCGACCGGAAGGAACAGCGCCGAGGUGCUGCGCAUUAUCGACAGCCUGCAGACCGGCGACAAGCACAAAGUCACCACCCCCAUCAACUGGGUUCCGGGUGACGAUGUCAUUGUCCACCCGUCCAUCAAGGACGAGCAGGCAAAGGAUUUGUUCCCCAACUUUAGGGCCGUCAAGCCUUACCUGCGCUUCACGCCGCUGCCCAAGGAGUAG